ACCGGACAUGACACUGAAAUCCGAUACAGCUCCUGAUGAAUUAGCCUAGCUGCGCUUCGGACCUUGUCGUCGGCUUGUUUUCACUCUCAUAUCCACAGGUGGGUAACAUGCCUUCACGAGUGUUAGCGCGAGCAGCUCGCUGACUGAAAUGUGCGCUCACGCGCCUGUCCUGCGUCGUACUGUCCCGUUCUCAACGCACUGCGUCAUGGCGACAGCGAGGAGAAAGUUACGCAUUUCCUAGUCGGAGUUUAUGGGAGAUAUUACUCCCGACAGACAGCAGACACAUGUUAUGGUGGAUUUCAGUGUUUCACAUGUACCUGAAGCCCUAGUUUCAAAGAGAGGCGGCCCAGUUAAAAUGGAGGAGCUGGCUUUGAUGGCCCUGCUGGAGUGUCCUCUGUGCUACCAGCAGCUGGACGUGUCAGCUAAGGUCCUGCCCUGCCAACACACAUUUUGUAAGUCCUGCCUGCAGAGACAAGAGGCAACCAACUCCCAGCUGCUCUGUCCAGAGUGUCGCACUCCUGUUCCAGCCAGGAAUGUGGAGGAGCUUCCCACAAACCUCCUGCUGGUGCGGCUCCUGGAGGGUCUUCAGGGCUCUCAGGGGCCUGGCACGGAUGGACAGACCGCCCGCUAUGCUGUGCCCUUAUCCAGGGCCGGCUUGACCGUGAGGGAGGGUAAGCAGCAGCAGGAGAGCCAACACAGGGAGAAGCAAGGGCAGAAUGAGCUUGCUCUAAGAGAUCUGAUGCGAAACCAGCGAGCUGAUUUCUCUGGAGAACUGAUCCUUUCACUUGGUAAUGGUAACACCCUGAAACACAAAGCGGAUGAGAACUGGCAGCACCUUGGAAACUUCACAGACAGUAGCAGCGUGUCUGUCAGUGCUGGCGCGCUUCAGGCCAUCAGCCAGAUCCCACAGCUGCAGCCCCUCCAGCAGUCCCCAGCUCCGGCUCUCUGCAGGGCGCUGUUUGACUUUAACCCCGAAGAGAUGAAUCUGGAAGACAGUCAAUAUUGUCUCAGCUUCCUCAAGGGGGACAUCCUAACUGUCAUCGGGCGGGUGGAUGAACACUGGAUUGAAGCCAAGCUAGGGGACAAAGUUGGAAUUUGCCCUUUGCAGUUUACAGAGCCAAUCUCUGUUGCUGCCAAACUGCUGGAAGGAAAGAACCGGAGAGUGAGUGAGUCAGCAGAAUUUCACCAUCGGACUGGGAGCGGGGUUAAAGAAAAGGCCACUGACGUACCUAACAGGACCACCCUUUUUGGAGUCCCUCAAGUCCCAGCAAAGACACCUAACAUCAAUGCUUUGCCACUCUCCAACCAGCGGAAACAGCCUGCAGGAAGCAGCGGCAACUUUUAUCAGUCUAGCAAAGGAGAGGCAACAAAAAUCAGCAACUUCAACAACUUCAACCAUCAGGGUCAGUCGCAGCGUCUCUCUGUGCAUGCUGCCAACCGCGGCCUCUCUCACCCCUCCAGAGGGAUUUCUCAGCGAAUAAGACGCCACUCUGAAACUACACACCGACACCUGUUACAGAGUGAUAAGAAGAUGACAAGUGAGACCCCGCCCACCAUCUCCAUGGCUCUAGUGAACCCCCAAAUGUCCUCUGCCUCUGCAGACAGCAAAAACUCCUCCACACAGCAGCUCUCCAUCAGUGUGUGUGCUGUCCUGUACUCCUACAAACCACGGCGGCCUGAAGAGCUGGAGCUGAGGAAAGGAGAGAUGGUGGGAGUGUACGGAAAGUUCAAAGAAGGCUGGCUGCGUGGGCUAUCGCUCAGAACGGGCAAAGUGGGCAUCCUGCCCAGCAACUACAUCUCGCCUGUGCUCAGAACUUCGGCCAGACUCCUGGAGAACAAAGCAGCUAAUUCGUCCUCGCAGUACAACACAGCAGCUGGAAAGAAACCAACAGCUGCCAAGAAUCCUGCUGUGGUCCUUGCUCUUGAUAGGGUAAACGGUGAUGGAAUGAUACACUCAACAGGGCAGGUCCCAUCUGUGCCAAAUGGAGCACAGCAUGCAAUGUCAUCUACAGGGGCUGGAAAACCAUUUCUGUAUGGGGGCUCACAAGGCUGGGAGACAGUGAGACGCAUCUUUAACCCCCACAGAGGAUCAAACUAUUUCUCCCAAGUGUCCAAUAUGAACGUCCCGUCCAACUCGCAACACUUUGCACAAGUUCAGGCAUCCGGCUACUCACCUGCCCUACAGAGGAAGAAAAACAGUGGGAUCCUAUCCAAAUCCAGCAGACCAUUGGGCUGGAUGACUGAGCCAGCAGCGCCCUCUGCUGCUGCAGGCUUUAAGGACAGAGACUUCACUGCUUCACAUGAGGCAACAUUUCAGCAUGACAGACAGCCGUCCAGUAGGCCUCAAUCGAUACUAGUCAGACCUGACUCACACAAGAACAAUUCAGACAAGCCUGCAAAGUCAGUGCGGUUCCUCACAGAUGAAGACUCCCCUCCCACAAGACCUCGGACUUCUUCCUGGUCGUCAGGAAGUCAAGUUCCCUCCAACAUCCGUCCUGGCCCCCCUCCAUUAGAAGUGUGGGCCCCCUCACUCACCCUGGGAAGAGAUGGACCAGGGAUCAUUCUCAAAGAAGGAAAAAUCCCUAUUCUUAGGAAAGGCCUUGAAGCAACUAUGUCAGAUUUAAACUCUAACCCACAGAAAUCAACACUGUCCCAGCCAUCUCUUCCUGCUGUGUCAGCUCAGUUCAGUCCUAGCAGACACAGAGUGGCCACAACACAUUUAGCCCAGACAGACUCAGAGCUCAGUCUGCUUCAAGGGGAGCUGGUCCUUGUCCACAGACCUCGGCCCGAUGGACGGGUUUUGGUGACUCAGGAGAGCAGUGGGCAGACGGGCUUAUUCCACUGCAGUGUUCUUCAAGCCCUGGAGAGGCUCAGCUGAUUUAAAACUGCUUUAGUACUGUAUAUUUCUAUAUUCCAUGUCUUCAAACUGCCAAAAUGACUUGACUGACCUGCUGAACAACAAGACAUGUGUAGAGGUCCAAAGGUUAAUACUGCCCAAUGACAAUCUUAUGAAGGAUAUGCUUAUUUUUUUCCUGAUUACAUACAGUAUGAGAGCGUGAUAACAUUCUACAGAGAUAUAUUGUGUACUUCCAACAUAUGUGCAUGUUUGUUACACAUGUACGAUAAUAAGAUUUUGCACAAAAACCCACCUAAUGACUGUUCCUUCUUGAAUACCCAUGUUACACGCAAUGGUUAGUGCCUUUGUCAAAACCCACAAAGAAGACCAACUAUAUUUAAAUAUAUUUAGAGAAAUUAUGAAUUUAAAUAUCUGUACUGCUUAUGUGGUAAUAAACUAUACUUCCAGAACAUUGGUCCUUUGGUGUUUUACUUCAGACGUGACCAGUAAUCCUUGAAUGAUAAAAAUAGUAGCUUACUUUUAUGCUACGUCACUGGAGAUUUUUUCUUAAAAACAGAAGCUUAGUGAUUUUAAACUUCAACUUCAAACAAAACUAU